UCUAGUUAGUAUUAGGAUUAAUAAAAAGAUGAAGAUCAACACCGUUGUUUCCACUCUGAUGGGCGUCAGCGUCCUCCUGAAUGCCGCCAUUGCUAUUGUAGGUCCCUUCUUCCCUCCAGAAGCUGAGAAGAAAGGUGUUGACAUGAAGACUAUUGGGUAUAUAUUCAGUGCAUAUCCUUCUGCCUUUGUUAUAGUGUCUUUGGUCAUGCCUACGAUUCUGCAUUUUGUUAACCAAAGAGUAGUUUUUGUGCUCAGUGCUAUUAUUUACGCAGGAUCAGUAGCUGGAUUCGGAUCGAUUGUUUUCAUGGAAAGAAAUUUGAUGAUCUAUCUUGGCCUAGUCUUUAGAAUUCUGCAGGGAUCAAGCAAUGCAGCCUUAUACACAACUACAUAUUCUAUCUUCUCGACUCAAUACGAAGGAGGAGACUUCAUGAAGGUUAACUCUGUUUUUAAGGGAACUAUUGGAGGAGGACUAUUACUAGGACUACUGAUUGGAACCGUAUUGUACAUCAUCGGUGGAUACUUUCUUCCUUUUGUAGUGUACAGCACUAUCAUGUUAAUGAGUAUUCCAUUCGUAGCUCGAAUAAUUCCAUCCAAGCCAAUUGAGAAUGAAGAGGAAAUAUCCAAGUUACAGAAGAGUAGUGAUAAGGAUAUUGAAAUGGGCGAAUCCAAUAAUUCAUCAGGCUCUGAAACUCUGUCUACAAGCUCAGAGGAGGAUUGUGAAAUAACAAUAAUAAAAAGUAACAGAAUUAAUCCUUUUAAGCUCGUCUGGAAUCUUUUAUGAAAUAAGGUUAUCCUCAAGUGACUGGUGUUGUCUAUCGUCGAUAUGGUAUUACUCAACUUCGCACCUGCGAUCCUAUCGAAGAGACUUUCUGAGCUGAACAUAGACAAGAAAUUAUAUGGCCUGUUUUUCGCACUCCCAUUUACAUUCCCAAUAGUAUCUGCUAUAAUUGUGGUUAAAGUAAUGCAGAGAGUAGAUUCCCAUGUAAUUUUAUGAAUUGGAAAGUUCCUUAUGGGAGUGGCCUUCCUUCUUAUCGGUCCCUCCUAUUAUUGGGGGCUUCAAGAGAACAUCUGGGUGAUGCUUUCCGGAAUUUCUCUGCUUGGAUUUUCGGCUUCAUUUUCUGUUAUCCCUUUAAUGCCUAUCAUAAUGACUGAAAUAAAGGCGAGGUUUAGUAAGAACACCCAAAACUACAUCAAUACAGCAUCAAGCUUAUACAAUUCGGCUUUUGGGUUAGGUAGUAUCAUUGGACCAAUGUUAGGAGCACAUCUGAACUCAUAUUUUGGCUUUAGGAUCUGAACUGAUAUCCUCAGCCAUUUCUCGAUGUCUCUGCUAUUGAUCUUAUUGGCAAUGAAUUACUCCUCAAGACUUUUUGGCUAUUUUGGCUCCUUAUUUACAAGGAAGCCCAACGAGGUACAAGAGAAGCUAUCUGAGACUAUUAUGAUGAACGAGAAACAACUCAAGCCUUCAGGGGUGACUGCUUAGAAGAGAAGGCAGAACAAGUUAGGGUUUUAGGCAUACUUUAAAUUAAAGCAAUUAU